CCCUGGGAUUUGUAGUGUGGCCGGGUGACGUCACGUUCUGGUUUACAUGAGGAAACCUUAGUGCGCGGACUACAAGUCCCGGCUGUCUGCCCGCCGUGUGUAGUGAUAGAAGCCGGCUCCGGUGGUGUGCGGGGCUCAGAGCGGGGAACAUGUCCGGGAAGGUGAAGGUGCGGGCGGCCGCCAAUGCCGACUCCAUGGCCGGAGCCGUGUCCGUGAAUGAGAAGAUCCUGAGGGACUGUCACAACCUGUACACCGACCCGGAGAACGGUCUCAUCGCUCUGGCCGCCCACCUGGGCCUCACCUUUCUGCCUCCAAGGAAGAAGAUCACCGUGAUGUUAAUGGGGAAUCACUCGGCCGGGAAGAGCAGCUUCAUCAACUGGUACAUUGAGGAGCACAUCCAGCGCACCGGUGUCGCCAUAGAAACUCAAGGGUUUGCGUUCAUCACAAGCGGCCGCAAAAGGGAGUCUCUGACGGGCGAUGCCACCCUUCACCUGUACCCUCACUUCAAGCCCCUGCAGUCCUUCCAAGGGGUGUCUGAAUACCUGUGCACAGAGAUCUCCACGUCGCGGCAGAAAAAGUUCAACCUGGUGACCUUUGUGGACACCCCGGGGCUGGUUGAUGGCGACAUGAAGUAUCCAUUUGAUGUGAACAGAGCCCUCUUAUGGCUAGGGGAGCUCUGUGACCUGGUGCUGGUCUUCUUCGACCCGAUGGGUCAGGCGCUGUGUAAGCGAACCCUGGAUAUCGUGGAGAAGAUAAACGAAAGCCACGGCGACAAACUGCGCUUCUACCUGACCAAGGCGGACGAGGCCGGAGGGGAGAGCGACCGGCAGAGGGUCCUGAUGCAGAUCGUCCAGGAGCUGUGCAAGAGGCCCGGGCUGAACAAGUGCGGCUUCGACAUGCCCACCAUCUACAUCCCCAAUCCCAAUAAGCCGAGUCGGUGCGUCAACCAGAUAGAAGACGUUUGUAAAACCAUUGAGAAAACCAUCACGCAGACGGUGCAGACCACACUCAACACUCUAGGGAGAGACUGCCAGAGACUGAGCGAGAGUAUCGAGAACAAGCUGCAGGAGGACGAUGACACCGUGUGGAGUAACAGACGGGCCCGGGUACGCGGCUGCCUCUUCGGGCUGACGGGUUUCCUGCUGCCGCUCUUCCUCUUCGCCUCCAUAUUAUUCGGUACCAUCCCCCAGGAGUUCUGGCUGAGUCUCCUGGGGAAGUCAGGAGUGGAGACCCUGGAGAUCUACCUGUCCCCCAUGCACACCCUGUGGCUGAUGGUCCCGGAGGACUAUGUACUCUACACCUUCGUGGGGCUGCUGCUUCUCACUCUGCUCUUCCUGCUGAUGGCUCAGAGAUGUUUCAGGUACCAGACGAUGAGGCGCGAUACUAAUGGGGACCUCGAUGGGGACCGGCUAGCUCAGUGUUUUCCCAACCAGGCCGUAAAAUGGUUAGUGAAGCUGUGA